CACAAACAUCCGGCGUUACUUCCAGAUUAUGAAAGCAUGACGAAGAAAGUGUUGCAACAACAAGCCGGCAGAUGGGCGUCACGUUAGUUUGAUGGCUCUUGUGCUACCUCGACUAGGAUCAGGAACGUUACGUCUUUUCAGACUAGGUGCGCCCGCAUUUAGGCUCCUAAACUCGGCUGGAAUGGAUGAAAUGGGUCACGCCGUGAGUCGUUCUUCGCUGGAACGGCUCGACUUCGACAACGUGGUUUUAAAGAAACUUCCCGUGGACCCCAUUGAGGAACGUGGCGUGCGGCAGGUGAAAGGAGCAUGUUUUUCCCGAGUCGUUCCGCAGCCACUGACCAACCCUCGCUUUGUGGCGGUGUCCCACGGAGCCUUGGCCCUGCUGGGACUCGAUGGAGACGAGGUCAUGGACGAGCCGCUUGGCGCAGACUAUCUGAGCGGCUCCAAAGUCAUGCCUGGAUCCGAGCCCGCUGCGCAUUGCUACUGCGGCCACCAGUUCGGCCAGUUCGCCGGGCAGCUGGGUGACGGGGCCGCCUGCUACUUGGGGGAAGUGAGGGCACCACCCCACCAAGACCCUGUUCUGCUGCAGGAAAACCCGAGUGGCCGGUGGGAGAUUCAGUUGAAGGGAGCUGGCCUUACUCCUUAUUCCAGACAGGCUGAUGGCCGCAAGGUCCUUCGCUCCAGCAUAAGAGAGUUUCUUUGCAGCGAGGCAAUGUACUUCCUUGGUGUCCCCACCACCAGAGCAGGCUCUGUUGUGACAUCAGACAGCCGAGUCAUUAGGGACAUCUACUAUAGCGGACACCCUCGCCAUGAGAGAUGCUCUGUGGUCCUCCGGAUCGCACCGACUUUUCUCAGGUUUGGUUCUUUUGAGAUAUUUAAGCAGGCAGACGAGUUCACAGGUCGUCAGGGUCCAAGCUAUGGACAUGAUGAGCUGCGAAGACAAAUGUUGGAUUAUGUCAUUGAGACUUUCUACCCUGAUAUCCAGCAGCAGCACUCUGACAGGGUGGAGAGGAAUGUGUCCUUCUUCAGAGAGGUGAUGUGUCGGACGGCUCGACUAGUAGCUCAGUGGCAGUGUGUAGGUUUUUGCCAUGGAGUCCUGAACACGGACAACAUGAGCAUCCUCGGACUCACACUGGACUAUGGUCCUUAUGGCUUCAUGGACAGGUUCGAUCCGAAUUUCAUUUGUAACGCAUCAGACAACUCAGGGCGAUACUCUUACCAGGCCCAGCCGGCUAUUUGCCGGUGGAAUCUCAUCAAGUUUGCAGAGGCCCUCGAUCCAGAGCUUCCACCUGACCGGGCAAAGGCUGUUAUGGAGGAAUAUUUGGAUUCGUAUAACAGAUUCUACCUUAAUUUUAUGAGAAAUAAGCUGGGUUUAAUCAAAAAGGAGGACCCAGAGGAUGAGAUGCUGAUAACAGAGCUGAUGCAAACAAUGCACAACACUGGCGCUGACUUCACCAACACUUUCCGCAGUUUAAGUCAGAUCUCGUGUCCCACUGAGGGAGAAAGUGACACAGAAGAGGACCUUGUCAAAGAAGUUGAAAAGCUGCUACUGGAGCAUUGUGCCUCUUUGGAAGAGCUCAAAACUGGCAACAAAAUCACCAUGGACCCACGGGAGUUGGCAAUGCUGCUUUCCAUGGAAGAGAGCAACCCUGCACUGUUCCAGAUGAUCUCAGAUAGGUCAACAAUAGCGAGGCAGCUCGACCGACUCAGCAAACUGAAAGAACUAAUGGAGACCACCGAUGAAGAGCUCAAAACCAAACAGACCGAGGAGUGGAGCCGCUGGAUCACACGCUAUAGGAAGCGUCUGGCACAGGAACUGGAGGGCCAGAGCGAGGUGCAGGCCGUGCAGGAAGAGAGGGUGAGGGUGAUGGACUGUACUAACCCACGUGUGGUACUCCGGAACUACAUAGCCCAGAAUGCAAUAGAGGCCGCUGAGAACGGGGACUUCUCUGAGGUUCAACGGGUCCUCAAAGUUCUGGAGAAGCCUUUCUCUUCGCAGCCAGGUCUAGAGGCUCCUGCGUGGGUAGGCCAAAGCGGUGCCACCCAACAGGGUGAGAGAGACGACAGUGUGGAGGAGGAGCAACAGGAAGAGGUGGCAUCUGCCUCGACAGCCAGAGACCCAAUUCCGUACGACAGCAAACCUCCAGCUCGGUCUCAGGGAAUCUGUGUCACAUGAUCUUCGUAAUAACUUCCCUGAGCUUCAUCAUCUGGCCUGCCAAAGCGUGAGGGAAGUUUUAGCAUUUUACUUCCUGUUUCUUUUCACAUUUUAUAACCCUUGUGAAUUGUUUGCACAACCUUUUAUAUCGUUGUGGUGGGCAGGUGUCAGGAAAGUGAUACUGAGAUUCAACACCCCAUAGAGAACAUCGGUGACACAAAGCAGUCGGGAAAUAAGUGGACUUUAUUCCUUGUCUGUUUUUGCAUUGAUGGCCGUUAAUGACGACUCAAACGACAAGUCUUGCGCGGACCCGUUUGGGGCUGAUAAACUGUGGUGUGGCAUCUUUAACGUACGCCAAAUAGAAUGCAUACAUUCUAGUCGGUUAAUGUCUACUUGCUCUGUAAUCUAAUACACACUAGCACUGUCGGAUAAAUGUUAGUUUAAAAAUAUGUGAUUGUAGUUUGCAGUGGUGUAGAGCCUGUAAACAUUUUUUAAAUUCAAGUAGAGUGGCCAUGCCUGCAACUUGAGGGUUGCAGGUUCGAUCCCCGCUUCCGCGAUCCUAGUCACUGUCGUUGUGUCCUUGGGCAAGACACUUUACCCACCUGCUCCCAGUGCCACCCACACUGAUUUAAAUGUAACUUAGAUAUUGGGUUUCACUAUGUAAAGUGCUUUGAGUCACUAGAGAAAAAGCGCUAUAUAAAUACAUGUAUAAAAAGUACCCCCUAAUCAGAGCAAAGCAUUUUUGGUUGGAAAAAAAGAGAUAAAGAAGUAAAAUACAGCACUAUGUCAUCAGUUUCUGAUUUAUGAAAUUGUAUAACAGUGCAAAAUAUUGCUCAUUUGUAGUGGUUUUUCUUGAACUAUUUGGGAAAAAGAUAUAAAAAUAACUAAAAACUUGCUGAAAAAUAAACAAGUGAUUCAAUUCUAAAUGCAGAUUUCUACACAUAGAAGUAAUCAUCAACUUAAAGUGCCCUCUUUGGGGAUUGUAAUAGAGAUCCAUCUGGAUUCAUCAACUUAAUUCUAAACAUUUCUUCACAAAAAAAUAAAUAUUUAACAUCAAUAUUUAUGGAACAUGUCCACAACAAAUCUAGCUGUCAACACUGAAUAUUGCAUUGUUGCAUUUCUUUUCACAGUUUAUGAACUUACAUUCAUAUUUUGUUGAAGUAUUAUUCAAUAAAUAUAUUUAUAAAGGA